UUUUCAAGUGAUGGACAUGUCGUUAUUGUUUUUCAAGUGAUGGACAGAGUGAUGGACAGAUUGAUGGGGACCACAGAACCUUUUUUUUAUCCCAUUCCGAAUUACACUGAUCUUCUAUAGGUGACAACAAAUGAAAUAUUUCACUAACCACUGGCAGAGAUUUUUCCAGCGGAGCUGAGAAGGGUAGACAGAUUGUACUGACAAGAGAAUUUCCAGGAUGGGGAGGAAUUCCUUAUCCUUGUGACCAUGGAUUAUGCUCCCCCACCUCCAAGAGAAAGAUAUAAACAUCUAAGAGACCCAGAGCUACGCAACAAGAGUUUCUAUAAAUGGCCUAGUAUCGGUGAAUCUCUCAAGAAGGAACUCAUUGACGAAGGUUUUUUCAGUAUUGAUGAGGAAAAACGGAAAGUACAAUGUGUGUAUUGUGGUGGUGUGCUUGUUGGUAUAGAAGAGGGAGACAAUGUUCAUAUAAAUCACUACAGACAUUUCCCAACAUGUGAAAGGUUCAAGUGGCGUGAACCUAAUUUUGAAUCACUGUUUAACCAUGGUAUUGUUAACGGGAUUCAUGCCAUGACAUUGGCGGACGGAGCAGCAUCUAAUGAUUCAAUAGAUGAAGGAUAUCAGAGUGUACCAAUCAAAGAUCUUGAAGUGGAUGGUGAAACUAACCAAUAUUUAGAUGGAAGAGACAGAAACUCAUCCAAUCCUUUUUACACAAUAGGAGAAGAAAAAUAUCCCCGUCAUAUCUAUUAUGCAUUGUUUAUAGAUCGACUGAAAACUUUUAAAAGGUGGCCUAAGGAUUCAAAACAAACUCCUCAUGCUCUUGCAGGGGCAGGACUAUUUUACGCAGGUGUGAAAGAUGUUUGUGAAUGCUACUGUUGUGGUGGGCAGUUGGAAGGCUGGGAGCCUGAUGACAUUCCACAGAAAGAACAUGACCAGUGGUUUGGUGAUAAAUGUCCCUUAACCUUGGCAAAAAAUGGAAAGCUGUGAUCACAUCAUUGUAGAGGAAGCAACAGACAUAUGCUGUAACAAGGCUGGUUAUUACAAAACAAAAAUGUGUAUGUAUUAGGAGGACAUGUGGGUUGUGAUGGUCACACUGUAUUGGGCAGGAUAUGAACUACCAAAGCUACAGAACAGGAAAUACCAUCUAACACCCUACUUUUGAUCACCACCAUAUAAAUGAUGAGUGUACAUUAGGGUUGGGGUAAAACAAGCUACUGAGACCUGUCUAUUAUUUCAGCUUGUUUUCAGAGUCGGAUCCCUUACUAGAUGUCCUCCUUUUAAGAUUUAAAUGUUAUGUAUGAUUUAAGGAUGUACUCCUGUGACAAGUAAAAAAAAAAUUGAGUACUAACCUUUCUUUUCGGUGUUGGAUUUUUUGAAAGGUUAGUGUUUAGAAGGAAUAUUGUAACCAAAACAUCAGUAUGUUGCUGCACUGCUUUUUUUUUCGAUACAGAUGUCGGAAUAUGUAACAGGAAAUAAUCCGUUUUCAUAUUGUUCUUUAUUUUUACUGGAUAAUGGACAUAUUUUUUUAUUUUCAUGGCAACCAUUUUCAAAAGAAUUUAUUUUUCUUCUUUCAUUAAAGGUAAUACAUGGUAUGAUACUUGGACAUCUGAUUUUAAAAGUUAAAACUGCAUAACAACCAAAAAGUGAAAAGUUUUCAAAAAUGACCAAACUAUCUAUUUAACCAUCUUCAUCUUAUCAUGGUUUGUCUGCCAUAUUUUAUAGGUCCAAUUAUCUUUACUCUGGUCUCUUCACACUUGAAAUAUAGACUGUUUGUAUAUAUGUCAGAGUUACAAAUUAUUUGUAUACUCCAUGUCAUAGAACACAACUUGAGUGGUUGUGACUCCGAGCAGGUUACUUGUCAAAAUAUAUUUGUCAAUGUAAAUAGUACCAGCUGCACUUGAUGAUAACAGAAUGUACUUUUGAAGGUUUAGUAUAUGGACUCCGAUGUGUUAGUAAGUGGAUCAAAACAUUGACCAGUUUACAGAAUGUUACAGUACUCUCAUAGAUUAUGUAUUUCUAAAAAUGUAAUUGAGCUAAGGUAGGGAAUCGCCAUCAGAUAAAAAGAUAAUGACUAUUAAGAUUGCCUUUGAAAUUUUUAUGUAUGUAAAUGUAAUUUCAUGUAAUGUUAAAUAUUGUUUUGCUGUAUAUCAUCAUUUUCCAUAUAAUAUAAUGACUUUGUAUAUUACCUGUUGGUGAUUCAAAAAAAUCUUCUUUUUUCCUAACAUUUCCAUUUAAUUCUCAAUUCAAAAUCUGAAAAUAUCCCCAUUUAUGGCUAAAUAUUAUCAAGUCACAGGUAACUACUCCACAGUAACUGUUCCCCAGAGCCCCCAUGAGGUACCCCAAUUUUGUUGACUUAAAUGGUAAAAACAACACCAACUGCCAUAUGUGUUUUUAAGAAAGUUGGCGUAAAGGGAACACACCGUCUGCUGACAGGUGUACCUGCUACUUGAUAUAAUGUAGGUGAUAUAUGAGGAAUGGUACAUUUAAGCCGGUUGCUGCAUGGGGUUGUCAAAGAUAUAUGACACCUAGUGUUAAACACCAGUCGCAUCUAUGUAUCAGUAUUUCCCGAUCUAUGAUAGAUGUACCUGUUGUGUCCUGAUCUAAUAAGGUUUUAUUUUGUAUGCAAUGUUUACUGAAUAUCUUACUGUAAAUUAAGGGUAAAAAUAUUGGAGGGAAAAAAGAUUGACAUAUGAUCCUUUACAUUUUCUCUAUCAUUUUUUAGCUCACUUGGCCCUUUUGGUGAAGUGUCCGUCGUCCUUCCGUUGUCCAUCCAGCAUCACUUUUUCCUUUAAAAAACUUCUUGUCAAUAAAUGAAGGACCAAAUGGUUUGAUAUUUAGCUGGUAUAUUCCUAGGAUGAAACCUGAUGCAGUUUGCAAACAGAAAUGACUGUGACUUAUAUUCAAGGUCAAAGGGUUCAAAUUUGUUAAAACCUGAAAACAACUUCUACUCAGGAACUGAUAGGCCUAGUAAUUUCAGGUGAGAGCAUGCCAAGGGCAUUAACAUUAUUAUUGCUUUAUUAGCACACCUGGCCCAAAGGGCAAAGUGAGGUUAUGCCAUAGCACGUCAUCCGUUGUAUGUUCGUCGUCUGUCUGUCCUGCGUCCGUCAACUUUUCAGUUAAACAACUUCUUCUGAAAGGUGUAGAGUUAUCACAUUUGGCUAGAAGGUUCCUUUGAUGAAGCCCAACAAAGUUUGUGAAAAAAACCCUUUACCCAUAUUCAAGGUCACAGAGGUCAAAUGUGUUAAAAAAAACCUUAAGUGUCUUCUUCCAAAAUACCGGAAGGCCUAGAAUCAUUAUAUAUGGCUGGAAGUUCCUUUGAUGAAGCCCAACAAAGUUUGCGCAAAAAUAACCUGGACCAUAUUCGAGGUCACAGAGGUCAAGUAUGGUAAAACCUUUAAACGACUUCUCCCCAAAUACAUGAAGGCAUAGAAUCAUUAUAUCAGGCUACUAUGUUCCUCUUAUGGUGUCCUACAAAGUUUGCUAAAAGAAAUGACCUUGACCAAUUUUCAAGGUCACAGGGGUCAAAUGUGUUAAACAUGGAACAUAUGCACAGAUAUAGUACUGUUGGUCAUAAAGAUCCAGGUGAGCGAUACAGGCUCUCUGGGCCUCUUGUUGAAACAUAUAGCUUCUUAAGGUACAAAUAUCCUAGGGCACAUCAAGCUCAGUACAAUAUUUAGCUUAUCUAUUCUAAAGGAUUGGUGUGCUUAUGCUUUGCCGCAGCAUCCACCUUCAGUCAACUUUUCUUACAAAUCGCUACUAGUCAUAAAUGUGCAAAUUUGGCCAGAAGCAUCCUGGAGGAAGGUAAACAGACUCUUACAAAUAGUGAGUGUCGGCAAACUUUAAAAACUGACUCCUCCUGUAGGAAUAAUUGCAUUCUGUCCGAGUUUGGUCAUAAGUAUCCUUGGUUGGAGGGAAAUCAAUUUUGUUUAAAAAGUGGGUCUUGUUUAAAGAAAUAACCACUCCUGUAGGCAUAAUUGAAUUUUGUCCAGAUCGUCCAAAUUUGAUAUGAAGCAUCCCUUGUAGAAGGGAAAUUGAUUUUGUUUAAAUGAUGGGCCUUGGCCCCCUGGGAUGGGAGUGAUGGUGUCCAAUAGAGGAAAUUGAGCAAAUUCUUUAAAAUCCUUCUUAUUUAGAGAUACUACUAAGAUUCUGUCACAAUUUGGUCAGAAGUAUUCUUUG